AGGAGUUUAGCUCUGGCAGGCAGCUCUCACACUCAGUUGUUUUCUCCCCCUUUUCAUGUAGCUAGAAACGUCACACGGCAUGUAACUGUAAUACAAGAAGUGAAAGAGGCAGAGAGAACAGGCACAGCUCAACUUCUAACCCUUAACAAAGGCAAAAAGGAUUUGUCAAGGCGCUACCCAAAAGAAAAAAGUGUAGGUGGGGAAAGGCUACAGCCAGUGAUAAUCGAGCGAGGUUCAGUUUCUAGAGGAAGAGAAGCUGCUGCUCAGGAGGUUAUAGCACUGCCCUGUUGGAUUAUGUGGGGCUCUGGCUGGUGAAGCACAGUGGUUUGAAAGAUCCUCUUUGCCGUAUGAUUCAGAAACACCAAUGAAUAGCCUACAUGCUUUCAAACAACUGAGGGAAAACCUGAAUCCAAGAAUGAAGAGAUAGAGUCUUGCUCAGCAGAAAUGGAUGACUGAAACUGUAACACAAUUUUGCACUCCUGAGUGGGAGUUUUACCUUUUUGACUGAUGUUGCUGUGGUACAAAUGGAUUGUGGCAUAGAGGCAAACAUGGAAUUACGAAGAGCCUCCAGCCCUCACAAGAUGAACAAGAAUGAUAUGGAUGCAGACAAGUCUGUGUUGCACAGCUGCUGCAUAUGUGGCAAAAGUUUUCCUUUCCAGAGCUCCCUUUCGCAGCACAUGAGGAAGCACACAGGGGAGAAGCCAUACAAGUGCCCUUAUUGUGACCACAGAGCUUCCCAAAAGGGCAACUUGAAGAUACACAUUCGGAGUCACAGAACAGGCACUAUCAGCCAGGGGCAUGAAGUAGAGAUGGGAGGUGAGGUGCAGCUUGGAGAGAUGAGAGUUUCAGAAGGCCUUGAUGGUUGCACCAGCCCUACCAAAAGCACCUCUGCCUGUAACAAGAUAUUGAACGGAGCAGCUCCCACAGAAGACAGCAAGAUCUUACUCAGAAGCAGCAGAAAAGAGACUGUUGCAGAAGCAUCUGUUGGAGAUAAGUUAUGUACUUUUCAGUGCACCUUCUGCAAAAGCAAAUUUGAAGGAAAGAAAGAAUUGGAGCAGCACAUACACCAAGUGCACAAACCUUUCAAAUGUAGGCUGUGCAACUACAUGACAUUAAGACAAGAGACGCUGUUAAACCACAUCGAGAGAGACCACAUUACCACUCAGAUUCCAAAUGGCGAAACUUGUGCUGAGCACAGUAAGAGUGAACCAAGUACGGGGGAGUUUCCGUGUGAAGUCUGUGGACAGGCCUUUAGUCAAACUUGGUUCCUCAAAGCUCACAUGAAAAAGCAUAGAGGGUCUUUUGACCAUGGAUGCCACAUCUGUGGCAGGAGGUUUAAAGAACCCUGGUUUCUCAAAAACCACAUGAAAUCACAUGGCCCAAAAUCUGGGAGCAAAAAUAAGCCAAAAAGUGAUUUGGAGCCCAUAGCCACUAUUAAUGAUGUUAUUCAGGAAGAGACCAUUGUGACCGGCUUGUCCCUAUAUGAAGUUUGUACCAAGUGUGGAAACCUGUUUACAAAUAUGGAAAGCCUAAAAGCACAUAAUGUUGUACAUUGCAGGUUUCAGGGAGCCCGCAGUGAACACAGAGCUGAAAGGCUGGUUGAUGGAGACCUUGACUCAUAUAUAGCCAAACAGAUUUUCCUCCAAUAUUUGAACUUGAGGCCAUCUGCAGGCAUAGAUGGUGUUUCAAGGGGGCAAUCAGGAAACAGAGUAGCUGAGCUGGAUCCAGUCAAUAGUUACCAGGCGUGGCACCUGGCCACCAAAGGAAAGGUUGCCGAGCCUUCUGAGUAUGUGAAAUAUUUGGGAUGGGAUGAGGUCCUGGCAGAUGCUGAUGUCACUUAUGAUAGGGACAAAAGGGAAUAUAUUCUUGUCAGUCAAGAAAAGCGUAAGCAAGAGCAGGAUUCACCCAGCUCUUCCAGUAAUGCCAGGAAGAAGAACUGUACUAAUGGGCGUUCAGAGAAAAGCAACAGUAUGCAGUCAGGAGACAACUGUAACACUGGCCAAGAUGACCUAGAAUAUAGACCAUCCUCUCGUCAGAGUAGAAGAGCAUCACAGAACAAGUCCACGGAGUGCUUUGAGUGUGGCAAGAUCUUCCGUACUUAUCACCAAAUGGUGCUUCACUCUCGUGUGCACAGGAAAGAGCGCAGAAGCUGCAGUGAGGGUGGAAUAGCGGCUCAGCAAGAUCAGUACGGAUCCAACAGUGAGGACGGGGACUCUGGUUCUGUUAGUGGGCCAAGCACACCAGAUUCUGCUUCUGCCCCAGAAGAUUCAGUCACCUCUGGUGUUGGUGAGGAGGGGCCUGAAGAUAGUUUGGAGGAAGGAGUACAUGCGCCAUCACCAUGUAAAAAGCCAUACCUCUGCAGUUAUGCUGAAGAAGAUACUCCUCUGGCAACUGUCCAGCUCAACCAUGGAAGAAACAAUACAAGAGAAAAUUAUGCCAGGGAAUCUAAAACAGAGACACCAACUGUUGCAUCUGCACUCGAAAACAAGAUGAAAGAGCCCCUUUCAAAAUGCGUGGAUCACAAAAUUUCUCCAGAUUUGAAGAGUUCAGCGUUUCAGCAAAGCCAAGAUAUCCCUUGCUCCAGUAGAACAGUUGACUUUGCUUCCAGUAUGGGCCAAAUAGGUUCAGAUGUAAGAUUAGAUUUGCAAACCUCAUUGGAAAUGCAGGAUAAGCAUGCUGAAGAAAAUCCUCUUGAUGCGCAUGAGCACUCUGUGCUCAGUAAAAAUCCUGAUACGCAGGAGAAGAUUCCAUUAGAUCUAAGUGAAAAGUCAACUAGGGCGGAUUCAUGCCAUAGAAGUUUUACCUCAACCUUGCAGGCUGCUUUGAUUGUCCACGCUUGUCCUUACUGCAGCCAUAAGACCUAUUACCCAGAAGUCCUGUGGAUGCACAAAAGAAUUUGGCACAAGGUCAGUUGUAACUCAGUGGCUCCUCCUUGGGUUUUGCAAAAUGGAUUCAAGAGUAUUAAAAACAACACUGUUUUUAUGGCAAGAAGUGGACGUACUGGACCUCCUCCUGCUCUCGGUGGUAAAGAAUGUCAGCCUUUGCCUAUAACCAGAUUUACACGUACUCAGGUGCCGAGUGGGUUGUCAGGACCCAAAAGCAAUUCUUCUGGUCUUGGUGUGACUGCUAAAUCUGGGACUAUACCUAAGGAUGUACCAUCUAGUGGUAACUAUGGCCCACGAACAUCAGCUGUUGAAGGGUACAGGCAGUCCAAACUGAACCAUACCCAUGAACAGUAUAGCACAGUAGCCCAACAGCCUCAGUUAAAAGCAAAAUAUGAAGUGAACGCCAAGGUGAUGCAGGCAGGAUGCUUUAGCAGAAGUUCAACACCUUCCCAGACAGUUGUCUGUAGACCCAGCUCACAGCCCUCCAACAGCAAACAAACAGAGAAAUAUACAGUUCCCCAAGUGAGUGCUGGGUUUGCCCCUUUAAGUAAGCAUUGCACUUCAGAGCCAGGGAAGGCUAAAUUUAUCUCGCCUCCUCAGUACCACCCUUCGUGUAAACCUGAGCCAUACUUUACUAAAGAAGAUCCACCAGUGCCUCAGCAGGAACCUAGUACCAAGAGAGAGAAUGAGAUGAGGGCAUUGACAAAUAGUAUGGCAGGAUCUAGAGCAAGUCCUCUGAUGCAACCUCAGCCGAAUGCAGCAGGCCCUACGCCCAUGGUCCAUUCCAUCAAACAGGAGCCACCAUCUGAGGGACAUGAGAAGCAUUUGGACAUUUUAAACAUCUUUAAGACCUACAUUCCAAAGGAUCUUGCUACUCUGUACCAAACAUGGGGUGCCAACAGCCCUGUAGUGGACCAUGCUGGUAAGACUCCUAAGAAACGCAUUUUCAGGAUGCUUAGGACACAAACACGCCAAGGAGACUAUGUCUGCACAGAGUGUGGGAAGGGCUUUACUCAACCGAGCCACCUCAGGACCCACAUGAGGUCUCACACAGGUGAGAGACCAUUCCAGUGCAGAUAUUGUCCAUACAGUGCCUCUCAGAAAGGGAACCUAAAAACACAUGUCCAGUGUGUACACCGGGUACCAUUUGACAACAGCCAGUACCCUGACCGAUGGUUCCAACAGCCUCUGAUUAAUUGUUCUAACAACCCUAUGGAAGAACAGCUGGAAAACCUCCUUGCAAACCAUCCAGUCCCUGGAGCAACUGUGUUAUAGUGAGACCCUUCUGUGCUUUGCUAGAAGAGCCAUGCCUCUGAAUUGUUAAUCAUUUUUAAAUAAGUGAAGAAGCUACACAAGAUAUAUACAAAUUGACAUACUAAUCAGUCCCCACGGUUCCUUAUUUCCUUUAUAAUAAACAGUGGAGUUGGCAAGCGCUGUGGCGAAGCAAGGCAUCUAUAUUAAUCAAGAUAACUUUUUUAGACACUGGAAAAAUUAAACUUUAUAUGAUUUUGAGGGCAGCACUGCAACAAAAUCCUCCCUCAUGGUUGUGAUGGUUUGUUUGAUACAUUUUUUUUUACUAAGGGGGUGGAUUUGGGAAUGUGGGACGGAAUGAUUAAUGAAACUGCCAUUGGCUGUCAUGCUGGAAAAAACAACACUUUAAAAUAUUUUGUUUUAAAAAGGAAGAAUGCAAAAUGGAGGAGUCAUUUAGUGCUGUGAAAGCCAGGCUUGAUGAAGGACGGAAGGGACUUAAGAGAGAGACCAUCAUUCUGCAUUGAGGUUGUUUCAUGAUAGUUUGGGGACCACUUGCAUUUCCAGUGGGCUUCUCCUUGACUGCACACCAUUAAUAGUAUGUGAAUAUGGAAAUUGAAACACUUCCUAAGAAAUGCUUCUCUUCUCACUUUGGAAAGAAAAGAAAACAGCUAGUCAAACACUAAGAAGAAAAACAGGCUUCUGUGUUUUUUACUCUCAGGGCCUUUCUAUCUGUUUGUUUCUUCUGCUUUUCCUUUCUUUAACAGUGCUACUUUCUGGGACCUGAUCACAAAGAACAUGUGCAUGCUAUGAAAUGUAAAAAUCCAGCUGUUUAAAGCUGCUGAUUUGUAUGCUUUUAAUAGAAGAAGAAGAAAAAAAGAGGAGCUCAGGCAGACCUUGACCCUUAAGGGUACUGUAUGUGCCUGUAUUUUUGUGGAGCAAGCCAGUUACCCCUUCUGGGCCAUGCUGGCAUUUUGAUGGGGAUAAAAGAGUAAUUUGUUUUGUGGUGGCAGGUCAGUGUUUUUCUAAUGGGUCAUGUCUUGAACAUGGUAAUCACUGGGCUGAUGGGAGAGAAAGGAAGUUUUAUAUACCUCUUCUAUGGUAACGCUUUUAAAUGCAGGUUUUCAAGGUAGGGGAUGAGGGUGACGGGUUGUUAACCAUGCAGUGUCCACAGUUUAUUAAAAAAUAAUGUAUUCCACAGGUAUAAAUAUUUUCUUUUUCUUUAUUGCUGUGACACUAUGUGUGAUGGUGAUAAUUCAGAAUUUCAGAUUUUGCACAUAUAUAAUUUUAUGCAUCAUCAAAAAAUGCUGCCUUGAAAGGAAAAAAAAUCUUCUGUGAAAAUUUUUUUGCAAAAAAAAAAAAAAAAAGCUUUACUAGAUUUUUUUUAUUGUAACAUUUUUGUAAAGGCAGGAUGUGGAUUAAAAAAAACUAGCAUGCUAAAUAUAUUUUUCAAAAAGUAAUAAUUUUACAUAUACAGAAAUGGCGCUAACCUUUAAUACUGAUUGAGAGCAACAGUUUACUUUCUACAAUAAUGGGAUAGUGCUGUUUUUGUAGUAAACGAGCUUAUUACACAAAGAUUUUUUAAUACGUAAUAUGUUCUAUUCUAAUUUUGUUUUUGUUAAUCUUGUCUAUAUUUGAUUUGGGAUUCAACUUGUUGCAAAUUACUUGACUGUUCUUGCUUUCAGUUGUUGAUGUAAUGCAGUUUUAACAUUCAUGUGUAAUUUGCUGGUUUGGGUUUUUGGGUAUUUUGUAAUUUUCCCUCAUACUCAUACAUCAGCUAUAUGCCAGUGUGCUCUGUAAUCCUGGUAUAGCUAAGAAUGUCUGUGUAAAUGCCUAUAUAAGUGAUUGAUUGAUGAUUGAUUGAUUGUAAUCAGCUCUUUUUUGAUGUUUCUUUUUUGAAAUUUUAAUAGACACAUUCCACACUCCACCUUUCCUAUCCCUUCUACCCUACUCCACCAUCAUCUGCCCCCAAAUCAGCUCUUUUUCUGUGUUGAUUAAUCAUUGAUCAAUUUGGGAUUCACACUCAAAUGCUAAUUUUUCCCUUUUAGAGCUCUUAUUUUCCUUGUUUGAGUAAACAGGUGAGGAUUCCAGAAUGCACAAAAGGUAGCUGCUUUGCCUGUUUGUGUAUUUGUAGCUAUUAAAAACCCUUCUGUGCCCAAAAAGGAAUACAAGUGUCAUGUACAGCUGUAAUUAUUUCUGUUUGGUUGAUUGGUUGGUUGUUUUUUUAUUUUAAUUGUGUUUUGGGAGUGGUGUUUUUUCGCAAGCUGAUAUGGAAGGAUCCUAGUUAAUAUUUAGAGUUGAAAAGCUCUUCCUAGAGACUGUUUACUUCAGGACUGUCUGACACAGAGAGAGGAAAGUGCUGUCACUGCCAUUACGAGGGUACUAAUCAGCAAAGUUUACAAUCAUAAUUUAGCUACAUGAAGAACAACAGCAGGGGAAAUCAGUUUAAAUAAUUAUAUGCUGUGUAUAGCACAGAAAUGAAAUUUUCACUUAAUUAAACAAGAAAAGGGGAGGGAAAGGGGGAUCUGUCAUUAAAGACCAGCCGUUUUCAUGUGUGAAUCCCAAGCUUUGUAAUUUCCUCCUUUAUCAUCCAUAUUGUAUCGAUUUGUUAAUUCAGUUAGACCCUAGUGCUUAGUAUGAUUUGUGUUCUUAUUUAUUUAGUUCUAUGGGUUUCAAAUAGCAUUUUUUAAAAAAGGAAACUUGAUGAUUUUGUAGCAUGACACACUUUGUAAGCCAUCUUCUGACUGUUACAGAGACUUUCUACUACCUCUAUCAAUCUGUUUCUUUUCCUUAACAGGUUUUCUACAGUGUUGCAGUCUAAUGUACCUUAGACAAUAAAGGGUUCGAUUAUGAGCACUGCA